GCAAGAUCGAAACCGCCAUUAUAUAUAGUUAAAACACCGGUAGAAAACCCCCCCUACCUUCUUUGUACUGUUGUUCUUCUUUCGAUUUCACCUCGAGUUUCAUAACUUACGGAGUACCUUUUAAACGUUGCUUCCAAAGCCUAAGACCUCUGCCUCUCUCUCUCUCUCUCUCUCUCUCUCUCUCCGCGUCGUGAUCGCAGUUCGGCAACCGAUCGCUCCGUUUUCUUGGACGACCCUCGUUUCGUUUCCCGUCGACGAGGCCGGGGAUUGUUCGCUCGAGAGGUUUGUCUCUGACGAGCGGCCUUCUUGUUUCUUGCUCUGCUGCUGCAGGGAUUUUUCUGGGGGCUUUUUUUGGUACAUCGGUUCCUCCUUUUUUGGGAGCCUUGUCGGGUCGAGGAUGGGCAGUUGGAAGGGACAAAGGGGUUAUUCUCGUCAUCAGGGCGUUCAGGGGACCAGAUCGCUGGCAAGAAAGCCGCCGCUCGGCAGUUGGCAGCCAGCUGUGCCAUCAUGGGAGAAGCAAUUCUGCCAAUCGGUCGGCUCAGUUCCCUGGCGCAGACUCUUGGAAGCGAAGAAGUACUUGCACAUACAUGACAAAGUAGUUAAAUGGAACGACUCCGCAGUUGAGGAGGCGUUUCACAAUGCAAAGGAUCGGUAUUGGGAGGAGAUCAAUGGGCUUCCAUGUAGUAUCUCUUCCCCUGAUCCAAAUAUUCAUAUAGACGAAGUAGAUUGGGAAUCCAAGGUUGACCCUGAACUGCUUUUGGACUUGGAACGAGGACCUGAGGCUUUCUACAGCAGUAAUAGUGGUCCAACGAUUAUCUUUGGGGAUGUCUUUGCUAAUCCAUCCUUUGCAUGCGAUGGAUGGGGAGAUGUAGAAGAGGAAUGGGCAAAGGAUGAGACAUCUUGGAAGGUCAAUUGUGUGGGUGGCGAAAAUGUUUAUGGAGCUGAUCCUGCGGAGCAAGUCGCAAUUGAUGCUGAUGCUCUUUGGGGGUCGAAGCAGGGCCAAUUUCAGGGCCGGAACCAGCGGGUUGGUACACAAGAGGAUUCUAAUGUGAAAGACUAUGCUAGAUUAGAGAAUGACAAAGAUAGGACCGUCGACAAUUGGGACACUUGGGAUUGGGAUAAGAUGAAUAGAGAACUUGAACCUGGUGGGUGUGAAAAUGCACAUGGAGUUGAUUCUGCAGAUCAAGUUGCACCUGGUUGUGACCCUUUUUGGGGUUCGAAUCAGGGCUGUUCUCACGGGUGGACUCAGAAGGUCAGUGCUCAAGAGGAUUGUGGCGGAAAAGAUUAUCAUAAGUUGGAGAACGGGUACGAUGGAACUGGCUGGGACACAUGGGAUGGGGACAACAUGAAUAGAGAAAACAAACACAUUGGGUGCGGAAAAACGUAUGGAUCUGAUCCUGUGGAGCGAAUCACUGCUGAUGGUGGCCCUGUUUGGGUUUCAAAGCAGACCCAUGACAAUUGGGAUACAUGGGAUUGGGAUAAGAUGAAUAGAGAACUCGAACCUGGUAGACAAUAUAUCCCAAAACACAAGCGCGAAGGAUUUGGCAGGAAUGACAAGCAAAUGAGGUAUGGAUGGAGCCACGGGAAAGGGAUGAAGCAGAAUAAUUUCGUGUAUUGAUGUUUGUGCUGCAGUCCGUGUCUUAUAGUCUUUUAUUCUUUGAGAUCCGUUGCUCCUGUGUGUCAUGGAUAAACAGGAGUAAGGUGACCGUUUUGGUUUGCGAUAAUGAUCAUUGUUUUGUUGGGCUGUAUAUGUCAUUUUCUGUAUUUCGCAUCAAGAUUGUUAGAGCAGAGCGGAAAGUGUUUGGCGGUACCUAAGUUUUCGUGUUGGGUUCGCAGUUUUGUCCAACUAGUCUGGAAGAUUCGUCAAGUCUAAGCAUCGAUUUACUUCCUGUUGCCCUUUGUAGUUUCUUUGCUGCAAUUUACCAAUUGUGAAUAAACAAGCAAAGUGCAGUUAAUACAGAUUUUGGCAAUCUUCGAUGUCUGCUACUUUUGUAGUCUAUGAUAUGCAUUGAAGCAUAAGGUAAAAGCAGGCCGUCAGGCUGCUCCUGUCUUUGCGACGGCGAUCUCUGUUGCUACUGCUGGUUGUGCGAUGAGCGCCGCUGCUUCGGAACAGGCAAAAACAUGUUUCCUCAUCGGAAUCUGAAUGAGGGGAGGACACCGCUUUGGC